AUGGCUCAAUCGGUAAGUUUUUAAAAUGGCUUAAUUGAUAGCGUUUUGAAUAUAUGUUUACGAUAUUUUCAGAUUUAUGGGUUGGAUUUCUGACUAAUUUAUUUUUUAGAUUAAUAUGCUGAAUUUGAUCAAGGCUUGUGAGACCGAAAGUGAGCUCGACUUGCUUCAGGAGUCGUUCAUGCUCACUGAAGAGCAGAAGGAAGCUGUUCUUCAGCCGCGCAUUAUAUUUUGGACGAAUGCUAUGGCUGAAGAUAUUGCACGGGAGAAUCCAGAUGGAGUUGUUGCUGGCUUCAUGGAUAAUUGGACAGAGGAUCAACGGCGUCAGUUUAACGAAGACUGGGCUAAUGACGAAGGUUUAUGCGAGCUUGAACGGUUGCCUGAACCGUCGGAUAACCAAAUGGGUGAAGGGAGCAAGCGAAAGCACGAGAGCGAUGACGUCCCCUUAGAACGCCAGAAACCAAAGGAAUAUUUUACAAUCAAGUCGGUGAAACAAGUUAACGUGAGGAAAUUCAGGACGACAGGUACACAAACUGUUUUUAUUUUUUUAAGCGUGUAUAAUACAUUUUUAAGCAUAACAUCAGUUACGCUCAGUAUGGGAUAG